AUGGCCCCAGUUGCUACGGGAGAGGCCGCAUCAGCGCUCUUACCAGGUCCCUCAAAGCCUUUGAGCAUCAGCGCUUCUGUCUUGCAUGGUCCCCGCGAUCUGCGGAUGGAAACUAGAAUCAUUGAGCCUCCAGCAGCAGGCGAGCUUCAGAUUGCUGUCAAAGCAACAGGCAUUUGUGGCUCAGACGUCUCUUACUACAAGAAGUUUGCCAACGGCGAUCUUUGUGCCUGCCACCCACUGUCUCUAGGCCACGAAUCGUCUGGUGAAGUUGUUGCUAUUGGCCCUCAAGUGAAUGGCUUCAAGUUAGGAGACCGAGUCGCCCUUGAGGUUGGCGUCGCUUGUGGAAACUGCGGUACUUGUCGUAAGGGCCGGUACAACCUGUGUAAAAAGUUGCGCUUCAGGAGCAGUGCCAAAACAUAUCCUCACUACCAAGGCACAUUGCAGGAAAGGAUUAAUCACCCUGCAGUUUGGUGUCACAAGCUUCCAGACAACGUCUCAUAUGAGGCAGCGGCUCUCCUCGAACCCUUGUCGGUAGCUAUACAUGCAGUGAAUCGCGCAAGACCGGAGCCUGGCUCCACUGCCGUUGUUGUUGGGGCCGGCACCGUUGGCCUGUUGACUGCUGCAAUGGCUCGUCAAUCAGGUUGUACUUCAGUAACUAUCACGGACAUUGAUGCUGGGCGUGUGAACUACGCCGUCAGCCGAGGAUUUGCAACGCAUGGGUUCGUGACUCCCAUCUCACGCUUGAAUUCAUCAAACUACUCUUCGGGUAUCUCCACUCCUGCUACUGGUACUUCAACACCGGCCAGCACAUUUUCGACGGCAAGCCGCUUUGACGGAGCAAAGUCUCUGGCAGCAGAUAUAGUUGCUUCAUCGAAUCCGGCAGGCUCAUUCCUGCUUGAAGAGGAUGAGGACGGUGUUGAUAUCACUUUUGAGUGUACCGGCAAAGAGGUCUGUAUGCACACAAGCUUGUAUGCGACUAAGGCUGGGGGAAAAGUCAUCAUGGUAGGCAUGGGAACCCCUAUCCAAACCCUGCCUUUGUCAGUGGCGCACCUGCGUGAGAUCGAUAUCUUGGGCGUAUUCCGCUACUCGAACACCUAUCCUACUGGCAUUCGGCUUUUGUGCUCUCAAGCUACGAACCCUUCUGGACGUUGUCUUCCUUCGCUGGACGACAUGGUGACGCAUCGCUUCAGGGGUCUUGACAAGGCACAAACUGCAUUCGAGCUUGCAACACGCACCAGUGACGAGGAGGGCAACCUAGUUUUGAAGAUUGUGAUUGAGACAUAA